GCGUGGAGCGGCCCCGGUGUCCACCGGUGGGACCCCCGCCCCGUCGAGGAGGCGCUGGGAGCGCAGCCCACGCGUGUUUUCAGCGCGCUCGAGUUGCUGAGAAGGAGGGGAGGCACCGCGGUGGUGAUGCCCACCGUGUGGUGCCGAAGCAGCUCUGCUAAUUGAGCCGUUAAUUGCGUGACUCAGCGGGAACCGGGGGGUGCGGGGAGCUGUGAGCUGCGUGGCACCGUGCGUUCCAGUGCUCUGCUUCCCCAGAGAGCUGCCUUGGGGCUGGACACCCACCGGCUGCCCGCAGUGCCUCACUGCAGCAUCGUUCUGCACUGCCAGCAGACCCCAAAGUGAGUGGGCAACCGGUGGGAUGCCUGCUGGCAGCUUUGCUCCAUUAGUUCCUUUAAUUGCAGCAGCAAUUAACAGGGAACAUUUUUUCUCCCGGGCUUCCAUCCAGCUGCAUCAAAGCAUGCUGUAAAUCCCACGGCGUCUCGAAGGAGCUUUAGCCAAAGCCUGUUUGCUCUGCAAGGAGCACAUGGCCAAGGCUGGAUGUGGUCUCCUUGGGGAGGCUUUGGGCUCUACAGCCCUAUCACUGAUCUGUGUCUCCCUCUUAGGAUGGACCUCCCUAUCCCUGCUGAUCCCGCUGCCCUCCCCAAGCACAUCUUGGACAUCUGGGUCAUCGUUCUUAUCAUCCUGGCCACCAUCCUUGUCAUGACAGCCCUAUUGCUGUGCCCAGCCACGGCUGUCAUCAUCUACCGGGUACGGACUCACCCCACACGCAAUGGCAUCGUGUGAGGGAGAUCAGCAGGACUCCCACCACGGGACACCCCGAGAGUGGAGAGAGGAUGGGGCUGGAGUGGGAGUGAAGCCACUGUGCUGCUGGGGAGCACAGCAGGAUCUGGUUGUGUGGCAUUGAGGAGGUGAUGCCCAGCUGGAAGUGACUUGUUCUUGUAAGAUAGCUUGCCUCUGCUAUCUUGCAGCCAUGUUAUCCCAUUGGGACUCUCUCAGCACCAGCAGCAAGGCAGUAAGGACCGUAAAUGCCUGGCAUAGUUAUUUCUCCAGCUGCUGGGGUGAUUGGAAAAGAAGAGUUGAAGCCAGAUGACGGAUGUGGCUUCCAUAUGUGCAGCCGUACUGCUGAAAGCAUUGCUGCAGGAGCCCAUCCCAGCAGGAAUGCAGCUGGCACCAGUGGUUCCAUGUGUCAGAUAUCAACUGGAAUUGCAGGAAACCCUGCACGGUUCAGAUCCUAUGGGUCCAGUGGGACAGAGGAGUGUGGGAAGCUCCUGCCUGCGUGGUGUCGGAGCUGCGUCCCUUCCCUUGUGCCUUCCUAUCAAACAGGCAGCAGAGGGUUCACCCACAGGUACUGCCAGACCAAAUAAGCUCAUAGAAAAUAAAUUGAUUUUAUUCUA